UUACAGCAAUACGUAUUUGUUUUAUUUUUGUGCGUUUUGUUGUCUGCUUCUCCUGACGCACCAACUCAGUGCAUUUUCCAGCAGAGAUCACAGGCUGGGAGAAUGACUGCUCGAGUGUAUUUCUCGUUGAUUGCUGUGUUUUUGUGUCUGUUUGGAUACUUGACCAUAACCCAUGCUAUUCAAAGACGAACCACAGUGGAUGGUUUCUGUCCGGCGAGGCUGACGGUUGUACCAUCUCAUCGAGGAUGUUCCUCUGAUGAAGACUGCCCUGGAGGGCACAAAUGCUGUCGAUUUGACUGUGGGCCUGUUUGCGUGUUGCCUGUUUUCAUGAAGCCGGGUCAAUGUCCCAUACCGGAGAUGAUUCCACUGUAUGCUGAAAGCUGUUUCAAUGAUGGCCAUUGUCCUGCCACACAGAAGUGUUGCCGAACCAUCGGUGGCUUUGCAUGCAGUGAACCACGUGGCCAGGGAAGCGGUUAUGGCCAGGGCCAGGGAAGCGGUUAUGGCCAGGGCCAGGGAAGCGGUUAUGGCCAGGGCCAGGGAAGCGGUUAUGGCCAGGGCCAGGGAAGCGGUUAUGGCCAGGGCCAGGGAAGCGGUUAUGGCCAGGGCCAGGGAAGCGGUUAUGGCCAGGGCCAGGGAAGCGGUUAUGGCCAGGGCCAGGGAAGCGGUUAUGGCCAGGGCCAGGGAAGCGGUUAUGGCCAGGGCCAGGGAAGCGGUUAUGGCCAGGGCCAGGGAAGCGGUUAUGGCCAGGGCCAGGGAAGCGGUUAUGGCCAGGGCCAGGGAAGCGGUUAUGGGCAGGGUGUUGGAUAUGGAAGUGGCGUGGGACAGGGUCAGGGAAGCGGUUAUGGCCAGGGUGCGGGCCAGGGUCAGGGAAGCGGUUAUGGGCAGGGUGCUGGAUAUGGAAGUGGCUUGGGUCAGGGUCAGGGAGGCGGUUAUGGUCAGGGUGCUGGAUAUGGAAGCGGCGUGGGCCAGGGUCAGGGAAGCGGUUAUGGCCAGGGUGCGGGCCAGGGUCAGGGAAGCGGUUAUGGGCAGGGUGCUGGAUAUGGAAGUGGCUUGGGACAGGGUCAGGGUCAGGGAAGCGGUUAUGGUCAGGGCGCGGGACAGGGCCAGGGAAGCGGUUAUGGCCAGGGUGCUGGAUAUGGAAGCGGCAUGGGACAGGGUCAGGGAAGCGGUUAUGGCCAGGGUCAGGGUGCUGGACAGGGUCAGGGAAGCAGUUAUGGGCAGGGUGCUGGAUAUGGAAGCGGCGUGGGACAGGGCGCUGGACAGGGUCAGGGAAGCGGCGCGGGUCAGGGCGCAGGACAGGGAAGCGGCGCGGGUCAGGGCGCAGGACAGGGAAGCGGCGCGGGUCAGGGCGCAGGACAGGGAAGCGGCGCGGGUCAGGGCGCAGGACAGGGAAGCGGCGCGGGUCAGGGCGCAGGACAGGGAAGCGGCGCUGGACAGAGCGCAGGACAGGGUCAGGGAAGCGGCGCGGGUCAGGGCGCAGGACAGGGAAGCGGCGCGGGUCAGGGCGCAGGACAGGGUCAGGGAAGCGGCGCUGGACAGGGCGCAGGACAGGGUCAGGGAAGCGGCGCAGGACAGGGACAGGGAAGCGGCGCGGGUCAGGGCGCAGGACAGGGUCAGGGAAGCGGCGCUGGACAGGGCGCAGGACAGGGCCAGGGAAGCGGUUAUGGCCAGGGCCAGGGAAGCGGUUAUGGCCAGGGCCAGGGAAGCGGUUAUGGCCAGGGCCAGGGAAGCGGUUAUGGCCAGGGCCAGGGAAGCGGUUAUGGCCAGGGCCAGGGAAGCGGUUAUGGGCAGGGUGUUGGAUAUGGAAGUGGCGUGGGACAGGGUCAGGGAAGCGGUUAUGGCCAGGGUGCGGGCCAGGGUCAGGGAAGCGGUUAUGGGCAGGGUGCUGGAUAUGGAAGUGGCUUGGGACAGGGUCAGGGUCAGGGAAGCGGUUAUGGUCAGGGCGCGGGACAGGGCCAGGGAAGCGGUUAUGGCCAGGGUGCUGGAUAUGGAAGCGGCGUGGGACAGGGUCAGGGAAGCGGUUAUGGCCAGGGUGCGGGCCAGGGUCAGGGAAGCGGUUAUGGGCAGGGUGCUGGAUAUGGAAGUGGCUUGGGACAGGGUCAGGGUCAGGGAAGCGGUUAUGGUCAGGGCGCGGGACAGGGCCAGGGAAGCGGUUAUGGCCAGGGUGCUGGAUAUGGAAGCGGCGUGGGACAGGGUCAGGGAAGCGGUUAUGGCCAGGGUCAGGGUGCUGGACAGGGUCAGGGAAGCAGUUAUGGGCAGGGUGCUGGAUAUGGAAGCGGCGUGGGACAGGGCGCUGGACAGGGUCAGGGAAGCGGCGCGGGUCAGGGCGCAGGACAGGGAAGCGGCGCGGGUCAGGGCGCAGGACAGGGAAGCGGCGCGGGUCAGGGCGCAGGACAGGGAAGCGGCGCGGGUCAGGGCGCAGGACAGGGAAGCGGCGCGGGUCAGGGCGCAGGAUGUGUCGGAGCGUCUCUGGUCUCCUCUCACUUCCUCUCUUCAUCACUGCUCUGGUGCUGA